AUGUUUCAUCUCAUGUAUGUAUUUUCUUGUUAGUUUUGGGAUAAACGUGUUUAUUGUAAUGUUUUUCCUCGCAGGUAGGGGUCGUGAUUGAGCGGCAUGCACAAUAUUGGCGGUCCUGGUUGCAAAAUCCACCUUUAAGCCGCAUUCAAAUCCCAAGACGUCUUAUUGAAGGCAUUUGUACACUUACACUAAAAUAUUUAUACCUGAAAUACAAAUGGAAAUCAGGCCCAGCAAUCUCAAUAACAAAGAGUUUUAAAAAUCCUCGAGUAAUCUCAAGCGACUGUGAUUGGUCCGUCCUCAACAGCGCUGAGAAAAGUAACAGGAGUCACGUGUUAACGUCGUUAAAAACCGCUUCAUCAGUCGUUUGAACAAUAUUUUAUACCUGAAUAAUGACACUGACAGACUUUAAUAGACAUUGAAAUGAAAAUACACAAUGAAGAAUUCAAAUUAGAUAAUUAUUAUUUAAACGCAUCGUUCCUGACCAAUCAGAGGCGUCUAAGGUCAUCCCCGCGUGGCUGUUGUAACACUCCUCCGCGCCGCUGGGCGUCAGUCCGUGUGUCGCGUCUGCAGCUGCGGCGACGCUCCGUGUUUCUGUGUGAUUCUGUCCGUGAUGGUGGAGCGUAUCGGCGACUGUCCGUCCGUGCAGUGAAACCCGAGCCCGAACCAAGACCAGCGCCGGUACCGAAUGACAGCGGAGUGAGUGAGCAUGAACCGAAGCUUCAGGAUGAGAUGAGACCCGAACCGACCUGCUGCGUGGCAUUUAGACUGGCAUUAUGACAGAAGAGAGAUGCCCUCAGCUGGUGGAUUAUUUUGUGGUGGCGGGUCUUGCGGGAGACUCGUCUGUGCUGGAUGAUGACGGUCAGCAGAGGGGCGGGCGAGCACUGCAGCCCAUCAUAGAUCUGGCCGUGAUUGCCCGCGGCCUCGGAGAGGAUGUACCCGAGGGCUUCACCUGCAUCGAGAAGACUCAAGGAGGACAUCCGGCCGAGCUGAGCGCUGGACUGCUCAACAACACACACAUGCUCCUCUGUUACAAAAGAGGACAUGACAAACCGCCCAUCAUAGAGCUCGGUGUUCUGUAUGAGGGGAAAGAUCCGGUGCGGUCGGGAUGGCUGGUGAUCGAGACGACCCCGUACAGCCGCUCAGCCAGUCUGAGUUCUGCCGGUCCCACGACCCAUCGCACGUUCCUGAUGUACCGCAGAGCGCCGGACUCACAGGCACUGAACACGCUCGGUGUCACUGAGAUCUCACUGCUCAUGCCCAGCAAGGGAGAGACGGCGCCGCAUACUUACUGUAGAGUGGACAAGAACCUCAACACGGGCAUGUGGGGUCCGGCGCUGUAUCUCUGCUACAAACGUUCAGUGGCUAAAGCAAAUGCUCUGGUGUACGAGGCAGGUCUGAUCAGUCGGUAUCCUGAGGAAGAUUCCGAAUCGUUUCCUCUGCCGGACUCUGUUCCCGUCUUCUGUCUGCCGAUGGGCGUUACUGUGGAGAGCUGGCCGCUCAAAACCAAAUACCAGCUGCCCGUCUUCUCCACGUUUGUGCUGACUAGCGCCUAUGGAGAUAAGGUGUACGGUGCUGCUAUCCAGUUCUACGAGGCGUAUCCGCGCGAGUGUCUGUCUGAGAGACAGUGUGUGCGUCUGGGGCUGCUCAGUGUGGUGGACCGGCGACCCAUCACCAACCGCAGCAUACAGGUGAAGAAGAGUGUGUGUGUGCUGUCACACUGGCCAUUCUUCAGUGUCUUCCAGAAGUUUCUCACCUUCAUCUACAGAUACUCCAUCUCAGGACCUCAUGUGCUGCCGCUGGAGAAACAUAUCUCGAGCUUCAUGCACAAUGUUCCGUUCCCGUCCCCUCAGCGUCCUCGUAUCCUGGUGCAGCUUUCUCCGUAUGAUAAUCUCCUCUUGUGUCAGCCGGUAUCGUCUCCACUGCCACUCAGUGGUGCCAGUUUUGUGAAGCUGCUGCAGAAUUUGGGUCCUGAGAACACGUGUACGCUGCUGCUGGCCGUCCUGACGGAACACAAGCUGCUGCUGCAUUCACUGCGGCCUGACGUGCUGACGUCUGUGAGCGAGGCCCUGGUGUCGAUGAUGUUUCCUCUGCACUGGCACUGCCCGUACAUCCCCCUGUGCCCACUGCGGAUGGCAGAUGUGCUGUGCGCACCGAUGCCCUUCAUUGUGGGCGUUCACUCCAGUUACUUUGACCUCUAUGACCCCCCAUCUGAUGUAGUGUGUGUGGAUCUGGACACCAACACCAUUUUCCAGUGUGAAGAUAAGAAGCCGCUGAGCUGGAGAUCUUUGCCCAGGAAACAUGGGAAGAUCCUGCAGAACUCUCUGACAAACCUCCACAAGACUCUGGAGAAGAUCUAUACUCCAGGUCAGGAAGAGGCCACGCUGGAGUUCCUGUUGACAGACUACGAUCUGAUUUAUGGCCGUCAGAAGCAGCUGGAGUUGGAGAUUCAGGAAGCCUUUCUGCGUUUCAUGAGCUGUUUGCUGAAGGGAUACCGAUCCUUCCUGCUGCCCAUCACACAAGCACCGUCAGACAGAACCACAGACUGCAGUUCACUCUUCAACCUGCAGGGUUUUCUGAAGUCUCGUGAUCGUUCACAGCAGAAGUUUUACACACAGCUCACAAAGACACAGAUGUUCACGCAGUUUAUCGAGGAAUGUUCGUUUGUGAGCGACAGACACACAAGCCUUGAGUUCUUUGACGAGUGUGUGCAGAAGGUGGAUGUGGAGAAGCCGGAGCUGGUGAGGUUAAUUGAUCUUGAUGAAUCUCUCAGUGGUGAACACACAGUGUUUAUAAUGCCGCCAGAGGAACCUCAGGAACCUGAUGGAUCAGAGUGUCCCGCACACUACAGCUAUGACACAUUCCCAAUCCUCCAAUCAGAGUUGUUUGAUCAGCCGCAGGAUCAGCUACGCACGGCAGCUAAAGGAAGUGCUCCAAGUAGCCCCGCCCCCCGCCGAACCAAACAGGAAAUCAAGCUGGCACAGAAAAAGGCUCAGAAGUAUUCAUCGGUACCAGACAUGUGGUCUAAAUGUCUUCUGGGUCACUGCUACGGUCUCUGGUUCAUUUACCUGCCCACGUUAGUGAAAGCAGAAAGCACUAAAGUCUGUGCGCUUCACGCAGCGUACGAGAUCCUCAAACACAUGGAGACACGGAAGGUCGUGCUUCCUGAUGAAGUGUGUUAUCGUAUUCUCAUGCAGCUGUGCGGUCAGUACGGGCAGCCCGUUCUCGCCGUCAGAGUUCUGUUAGAAAUGAAGAGGGCGGGAAUCACGCCCAACACCAUCACAUAUGGAUAUUAUAAUAAAGCGGUUCUGGAGAGCAAGUGGCCAUCCACCAAUCAGGGAGGUCGUCUUCGCUGGGCGAAGCUUCGUAACGUGAUAUUGGCCGUGGCUCUGUUCAGACAGCCAAUCAAACAGCAGCACAGGAGCAUGUCUUUAGGCGCUCGGCCAGGUGAUUUGCUGUCAAAGCCCCGCCCCCACUCCGCUCUGAUUCGCCAGUCCAGCUGGAGUGCGUUGAGUGAAAGCUCGAGUCACGAAUCUCUGAUGAGUCUUGCUAAGAGCAACAGUCUGAGCAGCGUGCAGGCGGCAGGAAACAAAGUCAAACUAUUUAAGAAAGCGACACCACAGACCGACGGCUCUGACGGCCCCGUGUCCCGCAAACCUCCCGCUGGUCGCCGUGACACCGCCCCGAACCUGCUGAGUCCCCCUGCUCCUGUGCUGGUGCGCCGCUCUGACGUCUGCUUAUCCACCUUCUACAAAGACUGCGCAGAGACUGCAGACGCAGACUCAGACUGCAGGUGUCACAGCACAGAGAGAGACAGCAGGUCAGCUGAAGUGAGGGAAACUCUGAACAGGAAGUCAGUUGAUGAAAACUACAACAACGUUUCAUCUCCGAGUCGCAGUCUGGCCGGGAAACUCCAGCAGCUCCUCACGCCCACACGGAACCGGGCGUCAAUGCGACGGGCGGCGAGUGUGGAUGACCGACGGCCGAGGGGGAACAGAACCAGCCGCCAGACCGUAGAGCAGAAACCGUCACGGAAAGUCCAGAUGACUGAGAGUCUGUUGAAGGCCAAAGAGCGACUUUAUAACGCCACAUCUGAGAGUUCUCUGUCUGUGGGGAGUGAUAUUGACAUGAUUGACAUUCAAACGUUGGCGGUUCCUCUCAGGAAGUCAUGGGAUUCUGCACAGGAAGGGGCGGGCAUUGAGGUUGUGAUGUCGAGCUGUUCACUGUGUCGCAGCUGUAAUUCUCUUGUGUAUGAUGAGGAAAUUUUGGCCGGCUGGUCGUUUGACGACUCUAAUCUAAACACCACCUGCCCAUUCUGCUCUGCCCCGUUUGUUCCCCUUCUAAAUGCAGAAAUCUGUGACCUGAGUCCAGUCUGCAGUCUGGAGUGCAGUACUCUGAACUCAGAAGAUGAGGUGGAGAAUGCCAUGAGGCCUCCUGCUGGUCGGGACGACACACUGCAGCAUGUGUGUAACGGCGUCAGAGAGACGGACUGCAGCUCAGAGAGCAGCAGCCAAUCAGAGAGCAGCAGCGGCCCCACACUGGUGUCAUUGGUGGGCGGAGCUCCACAGGUGACAGUGGCAUACCUCAGCCCGCUGGUGUUGCGGAAGGAGAUGGAGAGUCUGCUGGAGAACGAGGGCGAGGCUGUUCUCUCUCAGGUCCAGCUGCUGGACAGUCACUCCAUCCUCUUCUGGAAUCUGGUGUGGUAUUUCACUCGUCUCAGGCUGCCCAGUAACCUCUUACAACUGCUGAGAGCAUCGCCACUCACCGCACACAUCACAGAGGGUGCAGAGAGCGGUGUGGUGCGUGUGCGGUUGCUGUGGGACACUUUGACCCCUGACCCGGAGCAGUGGCCGCCGCUCUACAUGCUCUGGAGGAUUCACAGUGGUGUGCCGAUGCGUGUCUACAGCUGGCGGCAUCACAACCACCCAUUCACGCUCAGCUUCCUGGAGGAAGUGCUGCGCUGGGUUGGCAUGAACGAGGUGCACAAGGCUAUCACACUCUUCCUGGACACUGUUGCUAAGCAACCAGGCACGCCCAGGAUACAGAGGAGUUUGUACAGAGAGUUCUUGUUUCUCACGCUGGCUGCGAUGGGCAAAGAUCACAUCGCUGCAUUUGAUAAGCGUUAUAAAGCAGCGUAUGUGCGCUUGAGUAAUUCACUGAGCAGAGACGAGCUGAAGAAGAAACGAGUUCAGCCACCCAGUGCUAAAGCCGUCGACUGCAGACGCUGCUUCCUGCUGCCGCUCGAGUGCUAAACACACACACAACACACACACACACUCCACUUGUCUUGAGCCCUGCACUCUUCACGCUGCCUUGACUCUGUCCGCACACACGGUUCCUCUGACGCCCCCUAUAGCUGCGGAGGACUGCUGGUAUAUGCACCGAUCUCUGAUGUAAAAUGUUUGUGGUGAUGCUCCUGUGCCCUGCUAUGCAUUAUGAGAACAUGUGACCCAGCUGACCCCUUUCACAGAAACUAAUCCUUUAUUCCAUAAUGCGAGCAAACUGACCACCAGCCCGACACUCAGACACAUAGGAAGGACGGGACUUCCUGUGCAGUGUUUCUCUCAUAACUGACAUUUUUAUUGGAUAUAAGAGCGAUUCUCAUGUGAAUAUUUAACCCUAAAUCAAUAUAAAAAAUAUCAAAUAAUAUUUUACAUAAUGAAAAUUAAGCUUACAUUUAGGACCAUUAAGAUUUUUACAUUGUGACAUUAUUUUCAGGACACUUAAGCACAUUUUAAUUCCAUAUUCUCAUUACCAUAAUCAGUGUCAGAUGUUUAUAUUACGGGGCAAGAUUUGCCCCCUGGAUUUGAUUUUUGGGGGCCUUUUUUCCCCCGACCAUUCAAAACAAACUGUUUCUCAUUCUUAUAUGUCAAUUACUUAAUUAAUCAUUUAUUUAAUAAUGUAUUACCUCUUACCCUAAGAAUUAAAUCAAGAUUAAUUCACAUUUUAUGACAUGAUAUGUAGAACUGGUACUAUAAUACGUGACUAUAAUAGACUAUAUUAGAUGUCACAAAUAAAAACCAGAAGAAUUCAUCACAAAGGCAUAUUUUUGACCCCCAUUUCGGGGGUAUUUUUAUUGGCAUUUUUGCCCUGAGCCUCCAUAAAUUUCUGCCCCUGACUAUAACACGUCCACGCAUUUUUAUUUUUAUAUAUUCCCGUUGAUUCUCAUUACUGUAACAAAACAUUUAACUGUAUUACAGAGAAAACGAAAUACUGUUGCACAAUGAUUUUUUUACAAUUAAAAUCAGUGAAAAUUAAAGGCAGCACCAAGGGAGUACUACUAUCAUAUAUAAGUAUUUUACAAUUUAAAUCAUAUUUUUUUCCAUGUUGUGGUAAUGAGAAUAUCAUAAUGACCAUCUUUUACCGCAUUGCAUUCAUGAGAAUUUUGGAGUAAAAUGUGUGUUACUGUCAUGAAAAUGCUGCCAUAAUGUAAAAAAUCUUAAUGGCUCAAACAAAAUAAAUAAACAAAACAAAAAAACGUUUUUUAAUUUUUUUUUAAUUUAUUUGCUUCUUUUGAUUUUAAAGUAACAUAGGACCAGGAUGUUUUAUUGACAGGUUUGUGAGAAUCGCCCAUAUUAAAGUGACAGUUCACCCAAAAAUGAAAAUUCUCUCAUCAUUUAC